GCCCGGCCGGCGGGGAGGUACGCCGCUCCGCUCCGCCCGGCCCCUCCACAGCCGCGGGCCGCCGCCCGCCCUCCUUCCCUUCUUUCCCUUCCCCUCACUCCCGCCCCGCCCCGUCCCGUCCUGUACCCCUUCUCCCGGUCCGGGCUGCAGCAGAGCUGCGGAGCAGCAGGGUAGAGCCAUGUCUCACGGAGCUCGAGUGAUCCGCACCGGGGUGAGCAGCGCGGGGCCCGCCGCGCCGCCGUCGGCCGCCGCCUCCUCAGCGGGCUCGGACGCGGAGCUGGUGGACGGCGCCUAUUUCCGCUCGUGUGCCGGCUUGCUGAAGGUGGCCCAGAUGAUCUCACUGCUGGUUGGAUUCAUCAGUGUAAAUAAUUCUCAGUGGACGGAUUACAGUGCAUACAGCUACUUUCAGAUUGUUACCAUGUGCGACUUGGUUAUGAUUCUGUUCUUCUACAUUAUCCACAUUUUCAGAAUCUACAGGACGCUCACUUGCGUUAGCUGGCCACUUGCGGAAUUUCUUCAUUAUUUAAUUGGUACAAUUCUGCUUCUCAUUGCAUCAGUUGUAGCAGCAUCGAAGAGUUACAAUUUGACUGGACUAGUGGCUGGAGCGACGUUUGGAUUCCUAGCUACAGUCCUUUGUGUUUUAAGCAUAUGGUCAUCCUACAAGGUUUCUUGCAUCACGCAGUCAACAAAUGCAGCUGUAUGACUCCUUCAUCUCAGCAAGAUGUCUGCCUUACAAAAUACUAUACCAAAGAGGACCGUCCAUCACUGAGGCGAGAGCGUGGGUAUUUUGUUAUGAGUCUGGACAGUCAAUAGCUUUUGAGGAUCUACUUGAAGUCCUAUGCAAAACGAUGUUAUGAACUAAGGUUUUUUGUUGCCCUCACCCAAAGAAGUUUACUUUCUCCCCAGAAGAAGCAUAUAAUGGAGAACCAUUUUUUUUCUGAGCUUUACAGAGAAAUACUGCUUCUGUUUCUCAAGCUGGGCUGCGGUCAUUUCCAGCAAUUUGCAGUAAGUGCCUUUAAAACUCAUUUGGAGAGUUGUUUGGUUCUCUUUUCAAAGGGAUGGAAAAAUUGCUUCUGAUUUCCUCCAUCUGUUUACAGAAGGGAAAUACUGCAGAUUCGUAUCUGAUUCUUAACUUCCAAGGAUGGUUUUUCCGCAAAGGAACUGUUACAAACUGAUUUCUGAAUGGAUAAGCUGACCCAAGUUCAGAACCAUGGAAUUUUUCUAACAGCAGCUCAGCCCUCAUCAAAAAUUAUGAACUGCAACUUGUAAAAAUCAUUGCAAAUACUCCCUUCUACCCCGGCUGUAUACGAUGAAAUCAGGUCAAGCAAAAAUUAUUCUUAAAAAAUUCUCUCAGCGAAAUACAGGAAAUACCUACCCAAGAAUAAGCUUUAAUGGUUUGCGGGAUCUUUUUCUUUCCUUUUCGUAAGUACUUGUUGGUGGAAUGGACAUUUUGAAGACUUGUUCUGUAGGAAAUUUCUGUGCAUUUCCUAGAUAUUAUUCUCUUUGGAAUCUAACUUAUGGAAAGCCCAUCGCAAGUAGUGCAGUGUGCUUCUUCCUCUCUCUUACAUGUGGCUUGUCCCUUCUGCCUCUGCUGGGAUCCAUGUUUUCAGAGCCUGGACAGAGUUUUGUCCAACCUGAUAUUGUUGUGAAGCCCUUUGUAACUUUGAGACCGAGACAGUGCUGCUACUCUCUUGGCACCUCUAUCUUUCUGGCCUUUUGCAGUCCAUCUCUGGUGAGCUGGAAACUUUGCAGAAAAAAGGGAAGCUCAAGUCCUUGGUGCUUUUCAUGUCUUGCUGCAAAGCAGAACUUGCAUUUGUAAGCUGGUCUUUUCUGUGAGGACAAUUGCAGGACAGUGCAGCAGGUUUCAGCAAAAAAAAAAAAAAAAAAAGUAGGAUUUAUAUAUUUUAGCGGGUCCGGUCUGGAGGAAAGAAGCAUUUUCUGGCCUGCUUUUCAUUUUUCUACUUGUCUUAAAUUCUGCAUAACUAAUUAAUUUAAUGAUUGGCUUUUGAAAAAUGUUUUUUGUGCCCUAAAGCAGGUCAUCAUACAUUGCCAUUUGUUACAUAUGGGUUUCUGCAUUUAUUUAUUUUUUAAUUUUUUUUUUCACUCUUUGGCAAGAGAAAUGGGCCAAUUUCUAAAGUUCUAAAAAUCUUGAGAAAGUGAAAAUAACUGAGCAGAUAACCUGGAAAGGCAGGAAUCUCCCUUCUCAUGGUGCAUGGUUUCUGUCAUUCUUAUUGAUUUCUUUUCCUAAGUGACUGAAAACAACACAGAGCAGGAAACAACUUGAAUGCACAGAAGUCUACUUCUUGUGGAUCAAGAAACCUGUAUUCACUCCAAGAUAAAUUGCUUUGAUAUGAAUAUAGAAGAUUAUUCAAAUAAAACUAUUCACUUUGAUUGAAAACACUGCAGAAGAUGGUGAUAUACAUGUGUGGUUUGAUUUUAUUUUUUGGCAGUAAGGGUGCUUGUUCACUGGUUCCCUGCCCAGACUGACUUAGCCACAGUUUUUGGAAAUCAGCACCCUGACUUCAGUUUGGAUUGACACGGUAGAUACUUAAGGAAACAAUCUCCUCUUUCCCCUGGGAGAAUAGAAAAGUGCUCUGUUUCUGGUCGUAGCACCAUCGCCUCUGGAGAGCACUGCUCAGAUUGGUAUUAGGCACCUUCCACAAACUUUCACCCAUCGUGGCAAUCCAAAGGAAAACAAGUGCUCUGUUGCAUGAAUGCAGCUGAGCCCACAGAGCUGUGGCGGCAAUGAGGAGAAGCAUCUGCUAAGGCCAGGCUGGAGGCUGAGCUUGCGGUGAAGAAGAGGCUGUUUCCACGCUCUGCUGGAACCUUGCCCCUCCCUCUCCCUACACUGCAGACUCAUCUUUUUUCUCUUUUUUUCAGCCUCCCACUUGACUGUCAUUUGCUACCACGUGGGAGGGGAAAAAAAACCUUUAUGGGGAAUUUCCUGCAGUCCAAUCACCAAAGAAUUUCUGGAUGACACAGUCUGAUCACCCAAAGAAUCUGUUUUGCUACACUUGUUUACACUGGAUCAAGAGACAUAAAGUUCCCUUCUGCUUUUUGUGCCUAUCAGCAGGCCUAAGAUAUGCCUGUAGCUUUUGCUGUUGUGACACUGCUGGGUUCAUAGACCCACCAGAUGCUCUUAAAGCAGGAUGCUUUCAUGCUGGAAAACUGACAUUUCUGCUGACAUAGCUUCCUCACUUCUCCCAGAUUCUUGUGAAACAUGUCUACCAGGAAAAGUUCUGCUUUUGGUGCUAUCAUCAAAACCUACCAGCAGGACUUUGAAUGACAGCUCUGUCUGACAGGGACUUUGGCACCUUACUGCUGUACCUAUGCCAGCAAAAGUGUUCUAUCUUUCCUUCAGUGUCAGCCUUGUUCUGAAAGCUCCAUCUGUCUUUGACUUUGUCAAAUAUGAGAUUCCAGCUGUUUUAAAAAUAAACUAUAUAUGUUCACUAUAUGGAUGAUGUAA